AUGACUAGUGUUGGACAAAGUGUCGUUAGCGUCCAUAACACAACAGAUCAACGUACGAGACGUAAAUAUUUUCUUCCUUUAAACAACACUUAUCUUGAUUUGGCUGUAGCAAAACACAGUACCACUCCUGAUUCAAACGCGACAAGCACUUUUAACUUUCCUUUGUGUGGACCCAACACAUACUAUCGUAAAAUUAAUGGAACAUUGAACUGCACGUGUAUGGAAGGAUACUCAGGAGAAUGUAACUCGUGCCAAGGCUGUCCUUCUGAUUGGUUGCAUAUAGAAUCAUCUUGUUAUUUCUUCAGUGCAAAAGGAGCAACAUGGAAUAAAGCAAGAAAACUUUGUCAACAGAAGGAAGGAGAUCUUGCUGUUCCAAAAAAUAAUGUUGAGAAUAAUGCCAUUCAAAACGUCAUAUUGAGAAAAGGCGCUAUAAUUAUUUUAUUGGUUUAUAUCGCAAUAAAAGCGACAAUCAGUUUUACACAGUUCAAAAUGGCAAGCCCAGUUUCACAUCAUGGGCUCGGGGAGAACCUGAUAAUCAUAGGGGUGUAG